CCUUCGCCCUGGUUUCGUUUUUCAGCGCCGCCGCUUCUCUUUCACAAUGGCGCUUCCGAAGCAGCGGCGGGAACGACGUCAACGACGGCAGCAUCUGCAGCAUCAUGGAGAACCGGUGUGUAAGACCGUCAAGACGUUUCGCCUCACAAGCUCAUCGAGGACGAUGCGGCGCACCUCAAGAGAUCUGGCAAGGCAAAUUGCAGGAUUGAAUAGCUGCAAUCCUAUCUCGAAUCUGCACUUGGCAAACCGACACAACAAAAUCUGCUCAUUGAAUCUACUUCAUUGUUACGUAUAAAUCUUCCAGUCUGAUUUGAACUUUGUAUCACAGACUUGGUUUGGGUUCGCGAGGAGGAUGAUGUUCCAAUUGACAUUCCUGAAGGGAGGAUUUCCUGCAAAUUGAUAGCAGUUCAUGCUGCAUUACAGAAAACAAAAACCUAUGGAUGAACUGCAAAAACUUUUGAGAGCAAGGGACACAAGGAUACCAAAGGUGGAUCAAGUUAGUGUGAGGCAUGAUGCGUGGGAAAUACCAGAGGGGAUAUCUGUUAAGUCAAUUCUAGUGGUGAGUGACCAUCACACAAAAAUCCACAUCGAAGGCACUCGUUUCAUCGUCGACGAAUGUGGAGGGCUGGAGCAGUUUCCUGUGACUGCUAUAAUAUGGUCCGCGAUACUGAUAACCUUGUCUCCGAAGCGAAGCAUACGUAGCCUCUUAAGAAAUACCGCUGAGAUCAGGUGGAAAUCAGCGCCCAUGAUCCAUCCACCACAAUACCAAAUGCAUGCGACAAUUUAAACCACGUUUGCUUCGUCACCGGAGCAGACGAUAGAUGCCCAUGGCUUUUGACACAAUGCAGUCGUCCAAGCACGUCUGUGUUGUUGGCGCUGGGGCCUCCGGCCUCGUCUCCGCCCGUGAGCUCCUCAGGGAAGGCCACUCCGUCGUCGUGCUGGAGCAGAACCACGACCUCGGCGGCCAGUGGCUCUACCAAGACGCCGGCAGCGCCAAGGCCAGGGUCCACAGCAGCGUCUAUGCCUCCCUGCGCCUCAAUGGGCCCAGAAUCUCCAUGGACUUCACCGACUUCAUGUUCACUCCCGUCGAAGGAAGAGACGCCAGGAACUUCCCCGGCCACCGCGAGCUCUUCCUCUACCUCAAAGACUUCGCCCGGUGUUUCGAGUUAACCGAACUCAUCAGGUUCAACUCAGAAGCAGUCCACGUCGGCACGGCGGCAGCAACUGGCAAAUGGAUUGUGAGAUCAAGGGACAGGAGAACUGAUGAGGGUGAGUUAGUGGAAGAGAUCUUUGAUGCGGUUGUCGUUGCCACUGGCCAUUUCUCCCUGCCUAAGCUCCCAAAAAUCAAGGGAAUGGAGGAGUGGAAGAGGAAGCAGCUUCACUGCCAUGUCUACAGAAUCCCAGAUCCCUUCCAAGAUGAGGUGGUAGUGGUCGUUGGUGGUUCAAUCAGUGGACCAGAGAUUGCUCUGGAGCUUGUUCAUGUAGCCAAAGAAGUCCAUAUAAGUACUAAAAAUGACGAAAUCCCUGAGAAAUUAGUGAAGCCUGUUUCCAAGUAUGCACAUCUGCACUGGCACCAAGAGAUCGAUUUGCUUUGUGAAGACGGAACUGUUGUGUUUGCUGAUGGUUCAAGUGUAGUUGCCGAUACUAUUCUCUACUGUACUGGGUAUUCAUAUUCAUUCCCGUUCCUGGACACUGAAGGAAUCAUCAAUGUGGAUGAGAACACAAUUGGACCUUUGUAUGAACAAACAUUUCCUCUCUCUCUCGCUCCAUCCCUUUCUUUCGUUGGGAUUCCAAACAAGUUUGCAUUGUUUCGAUUUCUUGAGUCACAAGCGAGAUGGAUAGCUCAGGUGCUCUCUGGGAAGAGGAAGCUGCCGUCCGCAGACGAGAUGAGGAAGGCAAUUGAAGAAAUUCAACACCUUCAAGAGAUCGAGGAAGGAAAAGAUAUCAUACAAGUAGCUGCUGAAACAUUGGAGUAUUACGAUAGGUACGGAGAUCUAUGUGAUUUUCCACACUUGGAAGAUUGGAGAAAAGAGAUCAUACUGAAUAACUUCGAAAAUUGUAUAAACAAUAUUGAAACAUUCAGGGAUGAAUAGCAAGGAUGGUGAUUUGCUUCUAGUGGUUCUUCUUGCAAAAUUGAAAACCCAAUCAGCCAUCUCUAUGAAUUUUUCUUGUACUUUUGUUAUUUACAUUGUCAUUGAUUGUUCAAUAAAGUGAGAAUAAAUCAAUAGAAUGAUGCCUUUUGAUUUCUUAAA